AUGGCUGAGGAACAAUGUAUAGAACGUGAAGAUAGAUUUGACGUUGACGAAACAAUCUAUAAAACUUUUAAUAUCAAAAAUACUAUAAAUAUAUGGCAUGAUAUAUUGAACCGUACAGAGAAUCAGAUUGCUGAUACAAUAUUGAUAUUAAAUCAACGGAUUAACUUACCCUUUGUAGUGUUCAAACGACUUUGGGAGACACGUUCUGUUCAUGUAUGUGCAGAUGGUGCCACUAAUAGAUUAUAUGAAUAUCUUCAAGAGCAACAAGCAGAUAACAAUAAUGGUAAUAAGGAUCUUAGAGAGAUCUAUUUACCCGAUUUUAUUGUUGGUGACUUAGAUUCCAUUACUGAUGAUGUAAAACAAUAUUAUUUUGAGCGUGGUGUAGUAAUACUUGAACAACAUAGUCAAUAUGCUCCAGAUUUCACUAAAUGUGUUAAAUUGAUAUUAUUGAAUGCAAAUUCCAAAGAAUUUAAUUAUCUAUUGCAGAAUAAUAGACAGAAAGAGAAUCUAGGGAUUGAUUCCGAUCAUGGUUUACUUGAUAUGUUUGAUCAACUAAGACAAGAACAUUCAAAAUUACCUCAGAGAGUCGAUGUAUUAGCUUUAGGAGCCAUUGGUGGUCGAUUUGAUCAAACUAUCAAUUCCAUUACAGAAUUAUAUAAUGCUCGAAGAGAUAAUCCCGAGAUGACUUUAAAUUUUUUAACCGAUACUGAUAUUAUUAUGUUGGUGCCAAAAGAAGGUACAUCAAUAGAAUAUAACAAUGAUUCGACAUCGAAUCGAAUUUUUAGAGAUCAUGUAUUGGGUAAUUGUGGGUUAUUACCAAUUGGUGAAGAAGUUAUCUUAACACAAACUUAUGGAUUAAAAUGGGAUAUAAUAAAUUGGCCAUCAAGUAUUCGUAGUGGUCGUGUGAGUUCAAAUAAUAGAUUUGCCUCUAGAGAUAAAUGUUAUAUACAGAGUGAUAGAGAUAUUGUGAUGAAUAUCGAAUAUUACCCUGAUAAAUUAGCAAACUAUAUAGAAGAAUGA